UUUGAAAGCGCCGGCGCCCCUUUUCCUGCAACCUUCUCGUCAACGGAAGCAGCAAUGCGUCAUCGAGUGGGCGUGGCUGCGGCUGGACGGCGACACUUGCCGCUGCGCACGCGCGGGUCAACUCACGGCUGAUGCAUCACGCGCCCACGUGAAAAGUGAGCAGAAUACACACACACACACACACGCAGCAGCUAUGAUGUCUCAGGAGGACCGGAAGUGGCAGAGCGAGCUGGAGCAGAAGAAGCGUCAGCUGGACGAUGACCGACGAGCGCUGCAGCACGCCAAGUCGAAGGCCCUGAGGGAGCGCUGGCUGCUGGACGGAGCGCCCUCUGUUGGAGACGACCAGAAGCAGCAGCACGAAGAACACGCCAGGAACCUGGAGGACACCGUCAGCAGGUUGGAAAAAGAGCUGAUGAAUCUGGAGAGCUCAGGGGCGUGCACGAGCGUGACUCACACCUCGGUGACCUCAGGAUCAAUUCAAGAGGUCAGAGUUCACCAGGCGGGAGAUGAUGACAUCAUGAAGCGAGCCAUGUACUCGGUGGAGAUCAAGGUGGAGCGGGACAAGGCGACGGGGGAGACGCGCGUCUUGUCCUCGCACACCAAGCUUCCCGUGGACUGCUCUCAGGGAGGGGUCAAAGUUUACGAGGACGAGCAGAAAGUGGUCCACGAGGUCAACGGCGAGAACGACGUCCACCUGCUCAGCGCCGCCGAGGUGGAGGAGCUCAUCCUCAAAGCCGACGAGGCGCUGACGCCACCACACGAGGAGGAGGAGGAGGAGGAGAAGGCGACGCAGAAGGUGAAUGAGGAGGACGAGGCAGCGGAGGAGAUCAUCGGGUUGGAAGCCACGCCCCCGCAGAAGAGCAGCGGGGAGGAGCCCGUCACCUUGACCUUCAUGGGCUACCAGGAUGUGGAGGACCAGGACCACGCCAAGAAGGUCCUCGGCCUGCAGGGGACCGUCAAGGCGGAGCUCGUCCGCAUUGAGGACGGGAAGACUUCGCCGCCAGGAGGAGCGACGGACGCCCCGCCAGCGUCUGCCGCUACCGCGGAGGUGGCGGACAAGCAGGAAGCGGCGGCCGAGUCGGCAGCAAGAGGCGCCGUGAAGCCCGAGAAGGAGAAAAGGGCGUAUGCGACCUCGCCGAUGUCGCGGCCAAGAUGGCGUACAAAGGCGAAAGGUCAGCCAAAGCCUGCAGGAGGAGCUUUACCGUGUUGUCCUCGAGGUGGCGCUAGCACCCGAAGAGUCCCGAAGGUUGUGUCUUAAAUGAAACACUUCCGUCAGUACGCGAUCAAGUAUAAUAAGACACCCCCCCCCCCCCCCCUUUUAUGAGGGUGGGCGCCCCUGAUUAUUUUAUUCUAAGGCUGUCAAAUGAUAAAAGGUGACUGAAAUUGAGGUUUAAAAAUUGCUUCUACAAAACAAAGUACAAACAAGCUACCUAAAAGGUCAAAGGAAUUUCUAAAAUGGUUGCCCGUCUCUCAUGCUUUUGUCCACCUUGUUUGGUCAUCGAAACUGAAAGUUAACACACACGUUCUACUUUUUCACUCUCUCUCCAGGCUGGUAUUUCAUGAUAUUAUUAAUAAUAUUACAUAUGUGUGUGAGAGUGCAAAUACAUAAAAAACUUAAGGUGCAUUUAUUGGGUUUAUUUUCUUCCAGCAGAACUACCGUCCAAGUAAGCAAUUUUUUAAGGCAUUCCCAUUUUCUUUUUGAACAACAUGAUACAAAAGUGUGGACAUAAAGAUAAACAAAAUAUUCUGUAUUUUUUUCAGUUAUUUUCACUCGUUGCUGGACAAAAGUCCAGUAUACUAAACAAGAACUACUAGUAAAAAGCAUAGAGAAAACAUUAGGAAUAACGUUUUAAAAAAGAAUGAUAUACAAAAUAUAUACAUGUAUAUACUAUCCAUAAUUAUAUGUAUAUCUUUCACAAUUUUUUUUUUAUUUAAACGCUUUUAGAAUGGGGGUGUUUUAAUCGCCUUUUUUUAUCAUGUGAAAUAUACAGAUGUGUUGAGAAAAAAACAACAUGUUUUGGUUUACACAAUAUUCUGUCAUUUUUUUUCAAGUUGUGGAUUUAACAAUAAUUUUCACUAGUUGCCAGACAAAAAUCCGAGAUAUUAUAACAACUACUAGUAAAAGGCAUAGAGAAAACAAAACACAAGGGAUGACGUUUGAAUAGGAAUGAAACAAAAA